AUGACGUAUGACUUUCAUGGAGCUGGAUGGGAAAGCAGCACCGGUCAUAACGCGCCUUUAUUUGGUACAGGACCCUACACAACGAAAGGUUGCGUGGACGAAUGGAUAAAAAAGGGUCUCAAAAGCGAAAAAAUUGUAAUUGGUUUGCCAUUUUACGGUCGUACAUGGCAAUUACGAAGUUCGAGUAAUCAUGGCGUUGGCGCACCAUCUGUCGGUGCAGGAUCUGGUGAUGGAUUUUUGGCUUUGAAUGAUAUAAAUAUUUCAGCUUGGACCCAAUAUUGGGAUGAUACAGCGAAAGUUCCUUACGCUGUUAAAGGAACAGAGUGGCUGAGCUUCGACAACGAAAGGAGCUUGGAGGCUAAGAUUCAAUGGGCAUGCCAAAAGAAUUAUCAAGGUGUGAUGAUUUGGGAAUUAUCCCAAGAAAAAACCCAAUCUCGAAGUCAGUUCGUCCAAGAUAAACUAGAAUCUUAUUGCGGUGAAGAUAACAAAUCUUCGAGUCAGUUUGUCCUAGACAAAUCGGAAUCUUUUUGCGGGGAAGAUAGCAUACUUCUACCUUUAUCAAAUUCUCCAAUUACAACCUCAGGUGCUACACAACACACAAAUCUUCCUGUGACAACCGGAAGUUCUAAUGGUUGCAACGUGGAUACUAAUAUGAUUUGUUUGGGCAAAUCAGGGCUUGCCAAAUAUCCACCAGAUUGCAAUAAGUACGUGGAUUGCAGAUUGGUAGGCCAUCCCAUAUUCAGUUGCCCAUCAAAUUUACAACUAAAUGAAGCUGGUCAAUAUUGUGAUUGGGAAAAUAAUGUUAAUUGUGUGCCGUUGUCGGCUAAAGUUAUUGUCGGGUACAUACCAUCCUGGAGCCAACAGAAUUUAGAUAUAUCAAAUAUAAAUGGUAAUUUGAUCACUCAUCUACUUUAUGCCUUCGUGCCAAUAGGAGCAGAUGGAAAAAUUAGAGUUGAUUCCCCAGCGGAUUUCCAAAAAUUAAAGAAUUUAACGAUAAAAUAUCCUAACUUAAAAAUUCUACCAAGUGUUGGAGGAGCAACCUGGCGAUGGAUGUUCGAUCAACUUAGUACAGAUGCUUUGAUUCAAACAUUUGCUACUAGCUGCAAAACUGUAAUUCAACAAUAUGGGUUGCAUGGGAUCGAUAUUGAUUGGGAAUAUCCCUACGCGAGCGAAAAGGCAAAAUAUGGAAAACUGUUGCAAGUUUUGCGACAAACUCUAGGAUCGAAUUUAUUAAUUAUGUCAGCCGUUCCAGCUGGUGUUCAAAAUUUUGUUGGAUUCGAUGAAGUCGCGAUGAAUAAUUAUCUAGACUAUGUAUUGUUGAUGACAUAUGACUUCCAUGGAGCUGGGUGGGAGAGUAACACUGGACACAACGCACCUUUAUUUGGACAACCACCUUAUACAACGAAGGGAUGCGCGGACGAAUGGAUAAAUAAGGGUCUCAGAAGUGACAAAAUUGUAAUUGGGUUAGCAUUUUAUGGUCGUACAUGGCGAUUACAAAGUUCCGCUAAUUAUAGCGUUGGCGCGCCAUCUGUAGGUGUUGGAUCUGGUGAUGGAUUUUUGGCCUUGAAUGAUAUAAGUAACUCAAAUUGGAAUGAAUAUUGGGAUGACACUGCAAAGGUUCCUUACGCAGUUAUAGGUACAGAUUGGCUGAGUUACGACAACGAAAGAAGUCUGGAGGCUAAGAUUCAAUGGACAUGCCAAAAUAAUUAUCAAGGGGUGAUGAUUUGGGAGUUAUCUCAAGAAAAGACUCAAUCCCUUGUUAGUUUCGUACAAAAUAAGUUAAAUUAUUAUUGCGGGGGUGGUAGCACCAAUCCACCUGUUACAAAUCCACCUGUUACAAAUCCUCCUGUUACAACCGCGCAUACUACGCAGCAUACUAACCCUCCAGUAACAACCGGUGGUAAUAAUGGUUGCAUCUCGAAUACUAAUCAGAUUUGUAAUGGUAGAACAGGGUUUGCCAGUUAUCCACCGGAUUGCAAUAAGUACGUGGAUUGUAGAGUAGGGAAUUAUCCUCUCAUGAAUUGCCCAUCUGGUUUAGUAUUUAACGAAGCUGGUCAGUACUGUGAUUGGACUUAUAACGUAAACUGUUCUCCAUGUUAG